CCCCCAUUGCUGUGCGUGCGUAAUGGCUAAGUGUCCGUCUUCAGGAUGUGGAGCAGCCAGUUAGAACUCUCCAACCACUGAGCUCUAAGCUGCGCACUAAAGGACUUUUUCCUGCUAAUGAAAACAUCAUGAUCAUUUUGAAUUAAACAGCUGCGUGUUUAAUUCUUCAUCUGAAAACAGAAGAGAGGGAAAGAGAGCCUCAGUGGAAAGUCGGGAUGAACAGAGACAAGAGCGUAAAAACUGCGCUCCGGAGCCAGAAACAGUCCAAGACACAGGUUUCUGUUCAGAAGAAGAAGAAAGAUGCUCAAAGUGGUGCCUCAUCCAUUAAGGAGACCCAGUCAUGUAUCCGUGAAUCGGAGAAUGAAGCGAGGACAGCAGGAGUGCAUGGGAAGCGUCCGGGGAAAGUGUCCUCCAGUGGCACCGCAGAGUGCCAGAGGAGUCCCGCUGCGCACAGGAAACUCUCUGAUGCCAGCAACGCUUCAGAAGACCUGAGCAAAGACUCCGGCUGCCUUUCUGGGAAACUCUCCUCCUCCGACAGCAGCUCGGAAAUAUCCGACUGCACUUCGGAGAGCAACAAGCGCGACUCUCCAAGUAGAGACAACGAUUUAAGCUGGAUAGACGGGAGAGCUUACGUGAAGCCGGACAACGCAAACGCAGCCCAGGAUUCCUGCGCUGUGCAGCUCGAUGCUGCUGCUGCUGCUGCUGCUGGAGGAGCCCUCGGUUUGUUUCACGCGUCAGGAACAUUCAUGGAGCUCAUGAUGGGGGAGACACACGAGGAUCUGAUCCGGGAGGUGGACGAUUUAAGAUCAGAGAACGAGUAUCUGAAAGAUGAGGUGGAGGAGCUUCGCUGUGAGAUGCUGGAGAUGCGCGACAUGUUCCAGGAGGAGGAGGUGUAUCAGCUGCAGGAGCUGCGGCUGCAGCUGGAGCAGGCCAACAAGACGUGUCGCAUCCUGCAGUACCGCCUCCGCAAGGCCGAGCGCCGCAGCAUCCGAGUGGCCCAGACCGGACAGGUGGACGGGGAGCUGGUCAGGAGCCUGGAGCACGACAUCAAGGUUGCAAAAAGUGUGUCCCUGCGGUUGUACAACGAGCUGGAGGCCGUGCAGAAUAAGAACUCCCAGCUGGAGUGGGAAAACGAGGCGCUCCGUGAGAAGAUGCAAGAGCUGGACGUGGCCAAGCAAGUCCUACAGGCUGAGGCGGAGAAAACCAGAGAGAACACUCUGAAGAAGAAAGGAGGCAUCAGAUCGACAGCCACCAAGGCCGAGAAGAGGUUCUGCCAACAGGCUGAGGACGACAGAGCUGAUCUCAAGUGCCAGCUCCACUUUGCCAAAGAGGAAUUAGCUCUCAUGUGCAAGAAGCUCACCAAACUGGUAUCUGAGAGCGAGGGCAUGCGCCAGGAGCUGGCCAAAUACCACUCGGCCUACGGAGACAUAGACGCCCUCCAGUUACCUGAGGGCAAACACAACUCCGCCCACACCAGGGAAGCAGAGGUCAAAGUUCACUUGAAACUAGUGGAAGAGGAGGCCACACUCCUGAGCCGGCGCAUCGUGGAACUGGAGGUGGAGAAUCGUGGACUGAGAGCGGAAAUGAGUGACCUGAGAGAGAAAAGUGGAGGAGGAGAAGGAGGAGGGGAAAAGGAGGAAGAGGAGAAUCGGGAUGUUGUGGAGGAAAAUGCGGGGGCUUCGACACAGUUGCAGGACAAAGAGGGAGGGGAGCAAAGUUUCGAAGUGGAAACGGGCCAAAGUGAUUUGGAGACGCCUCCGAUUUGCAACCAGACACAAAGUGAAGGGAUGAUUGCUGCCUGUCAUGUCACUCGAGAAGGUCCUGUAGGUGGAGAGUGGGACCCUUCAGACAGUCAGGAGAGCGACAACAACAAAACACUGGACAGAGCUUUCAAAGGACUGACUGUGAAAGACUGUGAAACCCUUCAAGCUCUCAGAGAUCAUUCCUGCAUUUUGAGCUCAGCCAUACAGCUCCUGGCGACACCGCCGAAAAACGGACACGGUUCGUCUCUCUCGUGUGUGUUCACCUCUCCAACAGACGUGGACUCCAACGGUAAGAAGAUAUUCCCGCCGGGACCUUUCAAUGAGGCCCUGGAGCUCCUGUGGGACAUGCUGUUGGCUUUCACGGUGAGGGUGGAGUCAUUUCUAACAGGAGAAGAUUCAGACAAAAACUCUGUUCACAAGGACAGACAUGUGUGGGAUUCCUACACUCUGUCCUCUCUGUCUGAAAACAUAGCAGAUCAGAACGUGGGCAGCAACAAUAUACGAGCGUCACCAAGUGAGCAGGAACAUACUGAGGACCUCCGCACCACUGAGAUGAAGGAGAGAGCAACAAGACAUGCACCGUCCCUCCUUCACAGGAACCCAAAAAUGCAACUUUCCAUGCAAAUUCUGUGGAUCCUCCACCAGUGGUGUCGAGUUAAAAGACCCGAUGUGGAGGGAAAAGAGGGCAAAGACAGGACCAUGUCUGUGCUGCGAGGGUUGUUGCAGGACCUGAGUGCAGAGCUUCAGGAUGAACAGACUGAUGUGAACAGUAAAGUCAAGACCACACAGCAAAAGGCAGCUGAGUGUGCAGCCAGUGGUAUCUUCCAUGAUGAAGGUCCCUGUGAAGCUGACAGCUCAAAGGGGAAACGACUGAGGCCACAGUCGAAGAGGAAGAACUGGUGCUAUCUGAGCCAAGAGGCUGCCCAGCUGGACAGAGAGGACCUCGUUAAGACGUGGGACCAUCCAAUCAUGCCGCUUAGCUUCCCUGACCUUGAUUUUGAGCAGAUGUCCAUGGAGAGAAGCCACACUGCCCCGGAGAAGUCAGCUUUUCGCAUCUACUACAGCCCGCCAUCCACUCGCAGAGUCCAGCUGGCUCAGCUGUGGCAAAGCCCCGUUGCAGACAAAGAGUCCGUCAACACGUCCUCUCCCUGGUGCACGCCGCUGUCCUCCUUCUCUCAACUCUGUUUGGGCUCAUCUGCGAACAUGAGUGAUGAUGUGAAGGAAAUGACAGCCAGCUGGAGGCAGUCACUUCAUGGCAGUUCACAGGAGAAGAGUUGGAGGUUAGCGGGACGGUGGGUGGACGUGGUCUGCUCAGGCACUCAGACCUACAUGAAGCCACAGAUGGUGAGUGUUGGUCUGCAGACAGACGGGGCAGUCGCUGUGAGAAGCAGCCCCUCUCGAGUCCUGAGCUCCUCCUUAGUCACUGCCCGCUCGAGCCACAUCUCCACCUCCCUGGAGGGAGUAACAGGUCGUGUUGAAAGGUCCAGAACCUCCACCUCUUCACCCAAACUUUACCGCAGACACUCGGGUGCAUCCUCUCUCUCCUCAUCUCCCAGUUUUAGCUCCUCCUCCUCUGUAUCCACCACUAGAGACAGAGCAAUGUGGAACCUGAACCAUCAAAGCCCCUCCAGACUCACCCGACAAACCAGUCACAGACAAGCCGCAGGACAGAACAACAGCUCCAAGCCUCCCACCAAACCUGCAGGCCCCAACCGCUACGGUCUGGUCACAGAGUUUCUGCGCAGAGUGAGCGGCCGGGCUGAGAAGCCGGGACCGGGGCCAGGACAGAAGACGAAGAACGGCCUGAAGAACCUGGAACGUGCUCCAACAAGAACCCCUGCUGCCUCGCUGCACAGGACAGACAGUGUGACCAGGAUCGUCAACCAGAGGUUCAUGAAGCAGAGAGAGGAGGUGGGCAAAGGCCAGAGAGAGGAGAAAAGCAGCAGCAGCAGCAGCAACAGCAGCAGCAGCAGCAGCAGCAGCAGCAGCAGCCUGAACCACGGCAUCAGACACAGUGGGAGCCUCACAGCAGAGGACGGAAACUACGAGUGCAGCUCCAGCAGCACCUUGACCUUCUGCUUCGCCCGUCCGUCUCGCUCCGCCCAGUCAAACCAGAGCAAACUCCAGCGACACAGAUACUCGCCUCCGGUGAGCGCAGCUGCAGGCUCCAACUGUGAGUGAGCGGGUGGUGGAAGAACAGCAGCAGCAGCAGCAGCAGCAGCAGC